AUGGCUGAGAUCGUUGGCACAGUAGUAUCUAUUACCCAGCUUGUGCAACUGAGUGGUGCCUUACUCGCUGGUGGCUAUAGUUUCCUAUCCAAAGUCGCGCGAGCGCCUAGCGAGAUCCGGGGUCUCCUGACUGAAACCGCUGCUGUCAACAGCCUUCUAGCGCAACUCCAGCAGAUUGCAGACUCGGUACCUAAGAACGCUUCGGACGAUGCGCUGCAAGCCCUCGAACGCGUCGGUGUCUUCCAAGAAUGUCAAGCAAUCCUGAAGUCGAUUGAAAAGGCACUAGCCAAAUGCGAGCAGGUCAAUGGUCAAGACGCGAGGAAUCUUGGAAAGAAGUUGAUGUGGCCGUUUAAAGAGAAAGAGACAAAGGAUGCGUUGCAGAGACUUCAUCAUAUGCGCGGGUUGCUCGCGAAUGCAAUCGACGCCAAUUCGGCAUCCGCGGUACGGCGCAUCGAAGUGGGACAAGCCCUACUCUCAGAUGAAAUUAGAGAGGUAUCCAGACACCUCAGCACCCAGAAGAACUGUGAAGAAGCACGUAAGGUGGUAUCAUGGGUCUCUUCAACGCCAUCCGAUGGUGCUCAUAUCAGUCUUGCAAGUGCUUUGAGCCGCCACAUUCCUGGUACUGGAACAUGGCUCUUACAGUCCAAGCAAUUUCAGAAUUGGAAAAACUCGGAGAUCGGUACAAUGUGGAUAACGGGUCUGUCAGGAUCGGGCAAAACGCUUCUCUGUGCUUCUAUCAUCCGAGACAUCCAGCAGUUAUGCGCAGAGACUACUGCAGUCGUCUACUUCUUCUGUGACCAUCGUGAUCGCACAAAAACAACACACGAGAAUUUUGCUGCGAGCAUCGUAAGGCAAAUGAUGGAAGCUUCGUCUUUGUGUCUCGAACAAGGCAGAGCACUGUACAAAGAGAAGUCCAAGGAAGGCAGUCGCCCUUGUCAUAAAGACGAGUACAUACCACUGAUCUGUUCUUCGGUGGAAAAUCUUAAAGAGGUUUUUGUUAUCGUGGAUGCGCUGGAUGAAUCCACUCAGGGCGAUGCUAUAGCCCAAAGUCUCGUGAAAAUCCACGACUCUGGCAGAAAAGCGGGCUGUCAUAUCAGAGUUCUUUUAACGAGCCGAUUCGACGCCCGUAUACAAGGGCGAUAUCCGACCCUUGCUAUGACACAUGUUGUUCUUGCAGAGAACAUGCGCUCUGACAUUCAGCACUACGUCAAUGAAGAACUUCAAUUACGUCUCGCCAAGGGCGUACUGAAGGUCAGGAACGACAACAUUUUGCCUGCAAUACAGCAAUGCGCUUUACUUCGUGCUGGCACGAUACUACAAGCAAGGUUGCAGAUCGACUACCUUUGUACAGCAAAGUCGGACAAAGAGAUCAAAAACAUGAUACAAAGGUUGCCUAACGGACUCGGAUACACGUAUCAAACACUUCUAUGUGGUAUCGCGAUGCGAUAUCCGACGAGAAUUGUAGAGGUGCAGAAAUUGUUCCGGUGUCUUGUCACUGCUGCCGAGCCCCUUACUGCUUGCGAGCUAUCAGAAGUGUUGGCCAUCGAACCCGACGAACGCGAUCUAGAUCAUGACGCCGUGGCCACUGAUCCUUUCGAUGCCUUGGAACCUAUCUCUGCUCUUGUUCGGAUCGAAGGAAUGGGGACACUACGCAGUGUAGUAAAACUUUGCCAUUACUCGUUCCAAGAGUAUCUCUGCUCUCAUGCCAUUCGACAAAGUCCGGCCCACUUGUUUCAUAUUGACAAAGAAGAAGCACAAGCGUGGAUGACUGGUCUAUGCCUGCAGUAUCUCACGUUGAAUACUUUCGAUACGCCAAUAGAGUACGGUCUGGAUCUGGGUUCCAAUAGUAGUUACGCCUUUCGACGAUAUGCAGCAGCCAACUGGUUCAAGCAUGCCAUGAUGGCAGAAAACUACUGGUUACUACGAAACAUAUCCAUUCCUUUUCUGGGUUUUUUCCUGGACGCUGGUGAGGGACCGCCUUGUUACAAGAGAUGGCAGAAUCUGGUUGCGAAUACUUACAUCGACGCUGACUUUGUCGAUUACUCCCCUAUAUGUAUAUGCAUUUGGAUACCACUGAAUGGCAUUGCAAGAAGCUUGACCCAUCAACUACCCUCGUUGGACCACACUUUUGAGAACGGUCUGACAUGCCUUGCUGUAGCAGCGAAAGAAAACAACCUUUACAUGACAAACUACCUGCUACACCAUGGCGCGAACCCUAACAAACCGACUUCUGAACCGGGCUUUCCGAGAGCCAUGACUCCGAUACAUUUCGCUGCGGAAUACUGUGCAUUCGAGGUAUUAGAAACGCUGCUAAAGCAUGGGGCUGACCCACAUAUUCCUUCAACUUCUGGGGCUACCCCAUUCUACCGGGCUUGCCGUGGUGGAAAUCUAGACAUAGUGAAGAGGCUCAAGGAGUGUGGUUGCGAUAUUAAUGUACGGACUUGGGACAGUUGGACACCUAUGAUUGAGGCAGUCGUAAACGACCACGAGAGCGUUGUUGAUAUCCUUAUCGAGUGGGAUGCCGAUGUAUCUACUGUCACAGGAGACGGCGAGACGGCGCUUUCGAUUGCUGAAACUCUCGGUCAAUUGACGAUCGUAGGAAAGUUUAAGUGUGCUAUCAGUGGAUUACAAGAGACCAUGCCUAACAUCUUACCUGAGAAAUAUAGAGAAUAG